CUGUCGCUGAAAUUCUACGUCAUCGUGUGAUGAAGUGGCAAACAUGGAGGGUAGUGGAGGAGCGUCAACGAAUUCACUGCUAAGUGAUGAAUGCUAUGCUGAUUUUCUCAUAGAGGACUUUGACGUGAAGACGUACACAGCCCAGGCCAUCCACCAUGCUGUCAUCGCAGAACAGCUGGCCAAGCUGGCUCAGGGCAUCAGUCAGCUGGACAAGGAGCUCCACAGCCAGGUGGUAGCCAGGCAUGAGGAGCUACUUGCUCAAGCUACUGGGAUUGAGUCUUUGGAAGGGGUCCUGCAGAUGAUGCAGACCAGGAUCGCUGCUCUGCAGGGUGCUGUGGACAGGAUAAGGACAAAGAUCGUUGACCCCUACAAUAAGAUUGUAGCCAGGACUGCCCAGCUCGCCAGAUUGCAGGUGGCGUGUGACCUGCUGCGAAGGAUCAUCAGGAUCCUGUACCUGUCCAAGCGUCUGCAGGGCCAGCUCCAGGGGGGAAGCAGGGAGAUCACCAAGGCUGCCCAGAGCCUCAACGAACUGGACUACCUGUCCCAGGGGGUUGAUCUGUCUGGUAUAGACGUGAUAGAGAAUGACCUGCUGCUGAUCAGCAGAGCCAGACUGGAGGUGGAGAACCAGGCCAAGAGACUGCUGGAGCAGGGCAUGGAGAUUCAGAACCCGACCCAGGUGGGCACGGCCCUCCAGGUGUUCUAUAACCUGGGCAGUCUGAGGGAGACCAUCAGUGGGGUGGUGGAGGGCUACCGGACCACCAUACAGGACAACGUCACCACCGCCCUGGACAUCAAGGGACUCACCCAGCCCACUGGCAACAGAGGUGCGCCAGGCAGAGCAGUGAUGCCAACCCCAGGUAACACGGCAGCGUUCCGAGCUGCUCUCUGGACCAACCUAGAGAAACUCAUAGACCAGAUCUGUGCCGCUUGCGGACAGGUGCAACACCUCCAGAAGGUCCUGACGAAGAAGAGAGACCCUGUCACUCACGUCUGCUUCAUCAGUGAGAUCAUUAAGGACGGCCAGCCCGAUAUCCUCUACACGUUUUGGAGUGAUGUCACACACACUCUCUCGGUGGAGUUCCAGAGAGCUACGGCUGCCUCAUCCUUCCUCAAGCAAGCAUUAGAGGGAGAGUACCCUAAGCUUCUCCGUCUCUAUAACGACCUGUGGCGUCGGCUGCAGCAGUACAGCUCCAGCAUCCAGGGGGUGAUAUCGAGCAGCGCAGGGCUGGACACCGCCAUGGACCUGCCCACCACAGAGAUAGACAACCAGGACCUCUUCACACAAACCAAACACGACUAUGAUCCAGAGAAGGCUUUGAAGGACUCCCUGCAGCCCUACGAGGCAGCGUACCUCUCCAAGUCUCUGUCUCGUCUGUUUGACCCCAUCAACCUGGUGUUCCCCAUGGGGGGACGCAACCCCCCUUCCCACGACGAACUGGACAGCAUCAUCAAGACCAUCACCAGUGAGCUGAACGUGGCGUCGGUAGACACCAGUCUGACUCUGGCGGUGGCCAAGAACGCUGCCAAGACCGUCCAGCUCUUCUGCGUCAAGUCUGAGCAGCUGCUAUCUACCCAGGGGGAUGCCAGUCAGGUGAUAGGGCCUCUAACAGAAGGUCAGAGGAGGAACAUGGCGGUGGUCAACUCCCUCUACAGACUACACCAGGCUGUUGCUAAAGUGAUAUCAGGAUUGGGGUCAUGUCCUCCGGCUGCUGAACAUGCUCUCACUGCUUCACUAGAGGGAGUACAGGCUCUGAUGGCCAGUGCAGUACAGCCUCUGCUGCUGUCGGUCAGUGACUCCAUAGAAGCCAUCAUCAUCACUAUGCAUCAGGAAGACUUCUCUGGGUCUAUGUCCACCCCGGGGAAGCCGGACGUGCCCUGCUCUCUGUACAUGCGGGAGCUACAGGGCUUCGUGGGCCGUGUGAUGGCGGACUACUUCCGCCACUUCCAGUGUGUCGACUUCAUAUACGACAACACGGAGAGCAUCGCCCAGCGCUGCAUCACACUGUUCAUCCGCCACGCCAGCCUGCUGCGCCCCCUGGGGGAGGGAGGCAAGAUGAGAUUGGCGGCUGACUUCGCUCAGAUGGAGCUGGCCGUCGCUCCUCUCUGUAGGAGAGUGUCUGAGCUGGGGAAACCCUACCGCCUGCUGAGAUCUUUCAGGCCCCUGCUCUUCCAGAACAGUGAGCUGAUAGCCAGCAGUCCAGCCGUGGGGGAUCUGAUUCCAUACAGCACCCUGCUACACUUCCUGUUCACCAGAGCACCGUCUGAGCUCAAAUCACCUCACCAGAGAGCAGAGUGGUCCAUCGCUCGCUACUCCCAGUGGCUGGAUGACCACCCUUCAGAGAGAGACCGCCUCACACUCAUUAGGGGUGCUCUGGAGGCCUACAUGCAGAGCGUGAGGGCUCGUCAGGGGAAGGAGUUCGCCCCCGUCUACCCCAUCAUGGUCCAGCUGCUGCAGAGGGCCACCAGCGGAGCCCAAGACUCCAGGACCUGAGGGAACUACCGCUCCCAUGAUGCAACUGUCUGCGUUUCACAUGGGCAUGGAGAACGGCUCCGUGAAGAACACAUCCAGAUAUUAUGAAUGUUAUGACUAUAGAAUUAGAAUUAGUAGAACAGGCAUGGCUAUGAACAUCCUUAGCCUUUUUAAUGGUCCACCCAACAGGAGUUUCCAUUAUUGAUAUGACUUAAGGGUUGCUCCAUUUCUAUGGAUGUGAUAAGGAGCAAUUCAAACUUUCCAAAUGGAACGCCACACACCAUGUUGUAUGCACAUUUCUGUUCUGCUAAUUCUAUAACUGUGCCACAGAGGGCAACACAAGGGGGAAGUUACCUGUGCUUCAUACUAGUGAACGGGGAAAUAAAUGCUUGCUAGUUAUUGGUAGGGGCUUUACUGGUUUUAAUGGUUAACCUAAUUUUG